UAAGAGGAGAGAAAUCGACCAAAACAAGGGCUUGCCUGCGGAGAAAGAGCAGUGUGCUGCUAGAGAACAAAACAACACAGGCUCUUCUGGAAGACAAAGCGGGUUUAUAUUGUUUUUAUUGCUGCAAAUUUAUUUGGACAAUUUCACGUGUGUUUUCUUUUCUAUUGUAUACUGCAAAAUACAUGUAUUUUACAGAAUGUUGUUCUUAGUAAUGCAAGUUGCGUUGCUGAGCGUUGCCAUUCUGGACGGUGCAUCAAUUGUUCAAGAAUGCAUCCGCUCCAAUGGCCAGGAGUACAGGGGCGAGCAGCAGAUUACAUCAACCGGGGAGAAGUGUUUAAAUUGGAGGAAUGCUAGCAGAGAUUACAACACAACUGCCUUCCCAGACCAGCAGACAGGUGUUGGGGACCACAGCUACUGCCGAAACCCAGAUGGCGAUAACAAACCAUGGUGCUACGUGACAGGCAGAGACAACCGAGUACAGAGACAGAAGUGUGCCAUUGACACCUGCAAAGGUCAAGCUCCUCCAGCCACAGUGACAGAGGUCCCUCGAGUCGCUGAGCCCAGUGAGACCCAGGUCUUUGAGCAGGCCAAGUCCCUCCCCCCCCAGAGUGAGAACGCGGCGGUGCAGCCGGUCGUAGGGAUCAGUCAGCGUGUCCGGAUCGGGCCCAAGCAGAAGAAGGACCUGGGCAUCCUGGGUUAUGUGUUGGGUGUCCUCAUGAUGGCUCUCAUAAUCCUGAUGGGAGUGGGCAUCACACUGGGGUACUUAUACAAGAGAGGGAGAGAUCUGAAGAAACAGCACGACCAGCGCGUGUACGAACGAGAGAUGCAGAGGAUAACGCUCCCGCUGUCCGCCUUCACAAACCCCACCUGUGAGAUCAUGGAUGAGAACAUCGUGGUGGUCAGCGCUCACCAGACCCCAGUGGAGGAGACUGCGGAGGGGAAGAGCCCACUGAUGGACCAAGAGGGAACCCCAGGGGCGUGAGAGCAGUCUGUCCCCGCUGAAGAGGCUUCAAGCUCAAAUACCCAGAAAAGGCAGCCCCUGGCUUCUGAUUCUUUUGUUUCUUUGGUAGGCCUGGACUAAAAGCCAUACAAAGACUGCCAUUUGUAAAGCGAACUGAACUCGUCUAAAAGAGAACGUUUUACAAUACAAGUUGAACUGUUUUUUUUUUUGUUUUGUUUUUUAAAGCAUAAAACAAUAACUACAAGGAACAGACUCAAUGUAGAAUCACCAGGGAUGAUGCUACCAGUAAGUGGUGGUGUAGAAAAAAACCAAAACAAAAAAAAAGCAUACAACACUGUUAGUUUAAAGUCUACAUUUUGUAACAGAGGUGAUGGUCUUAUGAUUUUGAUUUUCACUGGAUAAAGCAUAAUGAAAUGAUUCCUGUUGUACCAAUGCUCAUUGAUUUUGUAUACAGUUUAAAACAAAGGAAUGAUUUUUUCUGUUUGUUUUUUUAUUGAGAAAUCAUCAUUCCUUCAUAUGUCUCCCAACACUGGGCGAGUUUAAGUACUGUAGCAUCCCUAUAAGGUUCAAACAAAUUACUUUUGCUGUCUGGUUGAUCUCUAAGACUGAGCAUGUCAAUUUCUAUUCAAAGGCAGUAGGUCAAUUAGGUAGAAGUACUGAAAUACUUGUCUGUCGAAUGCAGAAGUCGCAAAGUUCGAUUAAAGUUGUCGACACACAGAAGCUGGGCUUCAGAUGGCCGAAUACAGAUUUAGUUGUAAUGGGUUGAAAGACAAACAUAAUCAAAAUUAGCGGGCAAAUGAGUACAGCAUUUUACUCAAAGCAGAGUGUAUUUUUUUUUUUCCUUUCACAAUUACUUUCGGCUGCUCAACUUUAUUUAGUGUUAAUUGUACAGUUUGAUGGCAACAGCAGAUAUGCUCUUCUUUCAGUCUAUAAGCUACACGUGUGUGUGUUCAUAGAAGAAGUCCAUAGUAUCUUGUAUAGGAAUACAAUGUAACAGUUCAGUGCUGGGUGCAGUCACUGCAGGGGUUUGAAUAAGGCUGGGAGGGUCCUACUGAACACAACCAAGGCAGACAGCACUCGCUUCCAUUGGUGUGUGAAAUGUAAUGAGUGGGUCAGCUCCAUAGACUGUGGAGAGGCAUAAGAAGUAACCAGCUUAUUUCAACCCCACAGUUAAGACUGCAUGCAGCCAGUUUAAGGUCAAUAGACUACGUUUCUGAACGUUGGCAUGCUCUGCACCAGUAACUAAUGCUAGGUAAACCUUUCCCUUGUUUACACACAAUCUUGACUUGCAGUAUGUAGACAUUGUUCUCAUGGACAUCUGAUUCAGGUACAUUGCAUUCAUAAUCCAAAGACUGUUCCGGCAAGGGAUUUCUUAAUGGAGAGAACAGGAAUGUCAUAGAUGUAUAUGUAUUAUUAGCACACAGCAGUUGCCAUAAGGUUGUUAACACCAUUGAUUUUUCCGCAAUGUUACAAUCCAAUUCUCCGUCGGUAGUAAGCUUGUAAUAGUUGUUUUAUUGUUUUGUUUUUUUGCACAAUUUUGUAUGGAUAUGUAAAAACGAUUUGAACAGAUGUGUGAUUGUGUUUUAUCAUUGCUGUUUCUCAUCUCGGAAACUGACCAUCUGAAAUCUGAAGGGAUUUUUUAAAAAUUUAAUUUUAAAUGCAUCUAUGAAAGUGCUGUCGUUUAUUAUUUU